CAAAAAGAAAAAAGAAAAAAGAAAGAGCAAAUGAGCAGGAUGAGUGGGAACGUGACCGAUUCGGUUAACGAAGCCUUGGAAGGUGCAGUCCAGGUUCUGAGAUUUCAACAUUCUUCAUUUCAUUUCAAUCUCUAAAAGAGAGAUUGAAACUUCAUUCCUAUACUCCGCAACAUGGCCUGCACUUGCUCCUCCUCUUCCCUUUUCACUCCUCUUCAACUCCGCCACCGUCCUCCGCCACCCCCACAUUUUCACCCUUUUCCAUCCAUUAAACUAAACCCUUCUCACUCCUUCCGCCUUUCCGCCCUUCCCCUCUUCUCACAACCCACCGGCGGCAACAACAACAACAACAACAGUAACAACAACAAUGAUGGUGGUGGUGGUGGUGGUGGUUGCUGGGGUUACCCAUUUGACUCAGAUGAGUCUUCCUCUCCAGGUUCCCGUCACACCCUUUUCCUUGCCUUGCUAUUCUCUUCCGUUACUUUUUGUUUCUGCCAACUCCUUUUCGCCAAUUUCGCAAUGGCGAAUAACCGUUCAUCUUCUACAUCGUCUUCCAUUGAGGAUGAAAUUUUGACUCAACCCCUUUGGGAAGUGAAAGGUGGAAACUUGAUCAAGCUUUUCCCUGAUCAUUUAAACGACAUCUUCAUUGCUUCAAAUCCAGGCUUGUUUUCUGAAUUAUCAUCCCUAAAACCUCCACAAGUUCCAAGCUUUCUGUACAACAAAUGCAGGGAAUUCUUGGUGAGGUUGAUGCUCCCGGAAGGUUUUCCAAACAGCGUGACAAGUGAUUAUUUGGAGUACUCAUUGUGGAGAGGAGUUCAAGGUGUUGCUUGUCAGGUUAGUGGAGUGUUGGCGACUCAAGCUUUGCUUUAUGCUGUUGGGUUGGGAAAAGGGGCUAUUCCAACUGCUGCUGCUAUCAAUUGGGUGCUUAAGGAUGGAAUUGGGUAUCUAAGUAAGAUUUUGUUGUCUGAUUUCGGUCGGCAUUUUGAUGUUAAUCCGAAAGGGUGGAGAUUGUUUGCUGAUCUUCUUGAAAAUACUGCUUUUGGCUUGGAGAUGUGUACUCCUGCUUUUCCUCAUUUGUUUGUACCUAUUGGUGCUUUUGCCGGUGCUUCUCGCUCUGCUGCUUCUUUGAUUCAGGCUUCUACCAGGAGCUGUUUCUUUGCUGGUUUUGCAGCUCAGAGGAAUUUUGCUGAGGUAAUUGCUAAAGGUGAAGUUCAAGGAAUGGCGAGCAGAUUUAUUGGUAUCGGGCUUGGUAUAGGUCUGGGUAACUGCAUAGGCUCUUCUACACCUCUUGUUCUUGCUUCUUUUUGCGUCGUGACUUGGAUCCACAUGUACUCCAAUCUAAAGUCUUACCAGUCCAUUCAAAUACGGACUUUAAAUCCUUAUCGUGCAAGUUUGGUUUUCAGUGAAUAUCUACUGAGUGGUCAGGCUCCUCCUGUUAAAGAGGUCAAUGCUGAGGAACCACUAUUUCCAGCUGUACCCAUAUUAAAUGCAUAUUUUGCAACCAAAGCACAACCAAUUGUCUUAUCAUCUGAAGCCAAGGCUGCAGCUGUAGAAAUUGAAAGCCGUCUGCAGCUUGGAUCAAAACUCAGUGAAAUUAUCAAGAAUAAGGAGGAAGUGCUUGCUCUCUUUUCACUUUAUAAAAAUGAAGGCUACCUUUUGUCCGAGCAUAUGGGAAAAUUCUGUGUGGUGCUUAAAGAAAAUUGUUCACAGCAGGAUAUGCUGAAGGCAUUGUUUCAGGUCAACUAUCUCUAUUGGCUAGAGAAGAAUGCAGGAAUUGAAGGAAGAGGAUCCCUUUAUGACUGCAAACCUGGUGGGAGGCUGCAGUUAUCUCUAGAUUAUGCAGAAAGGGAAUUCGAUCAUGCUAGAAAUGAUGGAGAGUCAGUUAGUUGGAUCACAGACGGACUUAUUGCAAGGCCUCUGCCUAAUAGAAUUCGACUGGGCAACACGGAGUGAGCUACUGAUAUGGUGAAUGGCUGGUGGUUUUUCGUACCCGGCCACUUGCUGCAUUGUUUUCAAGAGAAAUCAAGUUGUACUCAAAAUGUAUAGGUCCUAGACAUCUUUGACGACCGCAUUGAUUGGUACUUUCCCAUUGUUGUUGACAACCCAUUCCAUGAUGGCAGGUAGACAACUAUAAACUGUUGAAGCCACAAGGUGUGACUCAAACCACGAGCCAAAUUGCCAAUUCACAUACCUUUUGUCAAUGUCAGUGAAAGGACCGAACAUGCAUAAUUGGGAAAAAUAAUACAAAGAUUUUACGCCCAAGAGAUUGUAUCCAACACACAGUUUGACGUAGUUGUUUAUAGUUUGAGAUGUACGAUGAAACGUUAAACUUUGCUUGUUGCAGAACUAAAUUUGUAUAGAUUGCACAAAAUCUCACACAAGUGAUGUUAUUUGACCAAUA